CCGGCCUCUUUCCCACGUUAAGAGAAAAGGCUUGAAAGGUGGUCCGCUCUCUCUACGAUAUCCGGUUCUGCUCCACCCCCCCUUCCCCUCUUUGAACCUUCGGAUAAGUAAGUUCAAAAUGUUUUCUGCUUCUUCUGGAAUCUUAAGUAUCUUGUCCGGGAAGAGAGCUGAAUUGCCUUGGAAAAUUUGCCCAGACCUCUUGUGAAGAGAAAGACCUGUGGAGAUACGUGUGUCCAUUUUGGAGCUGGAUUAGAGACCAGAGAGAAGAUGGAGGGACAACACCCAGCAGAUGCAGAAGUUAGAAAAGGCCCUCCAGCUGCUCAGCCUUGGGGCUGUGGGAAGAAUGGGGCAAGUCCUGAGCAGAAGAGCCAAGAAGAGGCAUCCAAUAGUUCAGAGGUCCAGUCCUGUUACUUCAGAAAAGUGCGGUUUCAGGAGGGGAGCCGUCCCCGAGAUGUUUGCACUCAGCUUCAUUACCUAUGUCAUCAGUGGCUGCAACCAGAAAAACACACAAAGGCUCAGAUGCUGGACAUGGUGCUCCUGGAACAAUUGCUGGCUGUCCUUCCCCCAGAGAUGUCAAAAUGGGUGCGGGAGUGUGGAGCAGAGACCAGUUCCCAGGCGGUUUCCCUGGCUGAAGGCUUCUUGCUGACUCAGGAGGAGGAAAACACGCAAGAAGAGUUGCAGAAAUCCAUGGAAGCUUUGACCGAGUAUCCUAAGGAGGGGAAAGAUUCAUUCAUAUCUUCUCAAGAGCGGUUUUUCCAGAAAGAUCAAAGUCAAGAUGCUAUGCAAGAGAAUCGAAAGCUAUCCUUGGAGUUUUUAGAAUCACCUCUUUGUGGUGGAGCUGAAGGAUUACCUGAACCGCUACUUCAGGAUGUUGUGUCUUUUGAGGAAGUGGCUGUGUAUUUCUCCAAGGAGGAGUGGUCUCAGCUGGAUGUUGACCAAAAAGCGCUCCAUGGAGAAGUCAUGCUGGAGAAUUCCAGGAAUCUCUUUUCUCUGGGCUUUAAUGGGCAAGAGAAUAAGAAUUGCAAGCGUGAAUGUCAAUCGAUCCAUUCGAAAUGGGGGGAAAGGAAAUUUGAAGAUCAGAUGCAACCAAAGAAUGAUGAAACAGAGAAAUCACAAAGUGGAAUUAAAAAUGGUUUUUCUAACCAUACAGUGAUCAAUAAUGGAGAAAGACCAUAUAAAUCCAUGGAGUGUGGAAAGAGGUUCAAUAAAUCUGAUCAUCUCUUUUCUCAUAAAAAGACACAUUCAGAAGAGAAACCAAAUACUUGCAUGGAGUGUGGAAAGACCUUCUCCUUUAAUUAUUCUCUUAUAAGACAUCAAAGGAAUCACAAAGGAGAAAGACCUUAUAAAUGCAUGAACCCAUCAAAGGAAUCACAAAGGAGAACCACCUUAUAA